CAUGUCGACGUCGCAGACGAGGAAGACCCUACUUCUAUUCUGCACAAGAAGCUUGUGAAGUUUUUGUGGGGUGAUCACGUGAGAUAAGAGAGAGAGAGAGAGUUAUUUCCAAAGCGAAAGCUAGAAGAUCAAAAUUAUGAAAAGGAUUUCGAAUUGAAAUAGAGAGACGAAAUUAAUAGAAAGCGGAAGAACAUGAAAAAAAUACUGAUUAACAACCGCUAUAUCUUUCUACAACCAAAAUAGAUAGAAGCGUGCCAAAACAUAGCCGGCAUAUCUACCAAAUGAAUUAUGAGUGAAUGAAUAAAAACGUGCCAAGGAUUCGAGGCGUGAGUUUUUUCAUGCACUGCCCUCUGCAUCUGACAUCGAGAUGAUCAAAAGGAUCAUAUGUACUAGUUUUUAAGAACAACAGAGAGACUGACAAGACCUUCAAGAAUUACUUUGCUUCAUCGCCCCAACAGUUACAACAGUUUUCAAACAAUGUCGGACAACGUCACCGGGACAAACGACUGGUGGGACCAGGCUCCGCCUGAGCCUCUAGUGGAGCAGAAUGAACAUCAAACUCACGUCGAUUCUUGGUGGCAGAAUAAGAAAGAAGAUCUGGCUGCAGAAGACACCAACGACUACGUCGAGAACGAUCAUUAUCGUGUAGAUGAACAUCAAGAUCAAGAUGGUCAGCAGCAACAACAUCAUCAUCAUGAGAACUACCAGGAAGAUGAACAUCAGGGACGAGAAAAACAUGGUCAUGCUGCGGCUCAAACACAGGACCAAAACAGCAACAGGUACUACUACAACUACAAAAAGGACGAUGAGGUGGGCAUGACAACGGCACACUAUGGCGCGUGCUUCGACUGGGGUCGUGCUACGUGGAAUUAUGAGGAACAAAAUGAGAGUGACGAAGUAGAGAAAGAACAAGAUCAUGUAGCCACUAUUACUAACUUUACUACGUCUACGCCUACUUGGGAAAACGAGAAGAACAAGAACUGGUCUUCGAAUGGUCGUUCUUGGGAGCAGUCUGCGUGGGAUGGUAGUGCUGCUCAUCAAGGUGAAAAAAAGCAGGAGGUGGAGAGUAACAAAAAAGACAAAUACUGGUGGAAAGCAUGCUACAAGAAUAAAGAGAACAGCAUUAACGGCUACUGGGAUGAAAACAAGGACAGCAAGGAAGAGGAUACCAAGAACUGCUCCUGGGGCGUCGAAAAUUAUAGGGUGAAUAACUACAAGAAGUCAUGGGACGAGAAGAAAGAUGAAGGCGACUACAAAUGGGAUGAGAAGAAGGAGAACAACUUCAAGUGGGAUAACGAUAAGAGAGAUGACAGCAAGAACUACACCUCCUGGGAUGAUCAUAAAAAAGACAGGAAUCAAGAGGACAAGAAACAGGACAACUACAAUUCGUGGAACAAGGAGCAAGAUGAUCGACGCUACAGUUCUUGGGAGCAGCGCGAUCGCUAUGAUACGAAAACUGCAGAUGACGACAACAGUUAGGGCAGAGUAAUUGUAAAAUAACGUGAGUCCUGCUCUCGAAGUCCAUGAAUCUAAGCGACCACUCGUAUAGAACAAUAUUGUCGUGAACAGGUUGAGAUUGAGUUUAUCCACGACCGACCUGUCUACACCCCUUACCUUGCUUUACAUCGACAACCUUUACAUCGACAACUGUUUCUCGUUCUAACUUUUCAAAAACAAGAAGUGGACCGAUGCUUCGUCGUCGUGGGGUAACAAGAACUCGUGGGAUUCCUGGAAUACAGCCAGCUUGUGGAAAAGCGACUGGGAUCACAAGGUCAAGGAACAGGAGCAGGAGAAAAGUUACAACGAGGAGUGCAGCACUUCUUACAACGAUGUGGACCAUGACAACAAGAACUCUAGAACUAGCUACAACCAUUGGUGGUCCUCAUGGACCAAUUCCUAUUGUAACAAUAAACAGUACGACAACAACUACAGCGCGACGUCGACGGAGGACGCUACUUCUUCGAUCAAGAAAUCCGAAUCGUCCUAUAAUUGGUGGAACAGCAUUUUCUCCGAAACCAGCGAGCCGGACAGCACUGCAGACGACGAGACGGCUUCGGAAGCGUCGUGGACAGCGUGCGAUCUGGAGCAGGUAGAGGCCUUCGAUAUUUCUGAGGAGGUGGUAGUUGUGGUGUCGUGAACUAGAGGCAGUCGGAUCCCGUAGUGGAGUUGAAGAAUUAGUCGUGGUGAAUAGAUGUAGAAUCAGAAACGAAUUUUACUAGAUGUAGCUAGCUCCCUGGGGCGUUUCGGAGGAGGACGUAAAAGAAGAUCACAAGUACAUCACGAAUACGUAGAGAUAAAGUUGGGAGUUCAAUUUUUGUUAUUUUGUUCAGCUAAAUUUUUUUUCAGUACAACUUCUAGUUUCGUUUUAUCUAACGACAACGAAUAUGAAAAUAGCCGAAUAAGUAACGAGGAGAUACGGCGGACAUAUCCAUGACCACUCAGCUCCACGAGGCUCUGAGACAUCAAGAACAAUCAAAUAUGAGUAAAAGUAGUACUACGUACAUUUUCAAGUUAGACCUAGACGAGUUUUGAGUUUGAAGAACAGAUGAGAUAUACAGUUCAACAUUUAUUUUGUUUCUAAGAGCCACAAGCAAUAUGAAUAGCUACCGCAUGGAGUUUGCUAAACAAGUUUUCGGCAGUUUGUUAGGUUUGUUAGAACUACGUAAAGAGAUUUUGAUGUUGAGAACACUAGUACCAUGAACGAACUUUUUUCGAUUUUGAUGCUGCACAGUACUAAGUAGACAAAAAAUGACGGACAACAGUAUUACAUCAGAAAGAAACACUCAAUUCGAUAAAGAAGCUUCAAAGUGAGGACUGUUAAUCGUAGACGACGACUCAAAAAACAUUCAGGACCAUCCAUUUUUGUCUUUUUUCGCACAACCAACAACAAACCAGAACUGAAAAAGAGAAACACUUGUGCUCUCCAAUUUUAUCCUCUCGAGGAGGAUUUUGUAAAUCACAUCAAUAGCACCAGGAGCUGAAUGAUGUCUGCUCUUUUUUCGGCUGCAUCCAUGACACGCGAUCUCCUCAUACGUUCUAGGAGCGCGCAUACUGGCGGGGUUUUCGGGCAAAAGUCGAG